UCUGAAGUUGAAGCACCUGCGUUAGUCCUUUCUACAGUGGCUACACAUAGGCUACCAUAUAGCCCUAGUGUUAUUUUUUUUUCUUUCAAAUAAUCGCACAGUUUUCGGGAAGGGUAGUUUAUUUCGAAGUUAUCACAAUUUGUAUUUAUUUAUUUUACGUUAAUUGCACGCAAGUCAUGAGCAACUCGAAUCGGCGACGUUUGUCCGUGAGUGGGGUGAAAAAUGAAUCGGAGCUUUUAAGUAACACUGAUAGGUGUUCUUUGUUAAACCAACUAAACACUGAGGACAGGUUAUUGCCCGACAGCGGCACCGCAGAGAGCACGGAGAGCGAUUCGGCGAAUUCAACCAACAUUUCAGAUGAAGUAAACGACGGGCUGAGCUUCGUUAAAAGGCCAAUCAAGCUCGAACGUCGUCUGAUCGACUGGAGAGAAGAGGAUUCCCUGGAUUGUGACGAAGACUUCUUGGGAUGGCACAGAGACAGGAGAUCCUGUCAUGUGAGUGAUUUGGAGGAUUUACUACGACAUCAGCUGCUCCUUAAAUCACAAGAGGAGAAUCAGCAGCAGGAAGCCUGUAUAGUUUCUAUGAAGACCAAGCAUAAGGGAGAGCUGGCAGAUUCACAUGCUGAAAUAAAUGCCCUAAGACAGGAGAACGAGCAGCUGAGGACGGCGCUGCUGAAGGCGCAGACAGAGGUCAUCCGCAUACAGACCCAGCUGGACAAACUCAAGCAGGAGUUCACAACCCCGCAACCUACUGAUGGUGUGUUCCUUCAUCAGGGAGAGUGUUGA